AUGUCUUCCAUCACCGCUUUCACCAUAUCAUUCUCGGCACACGCCCGUGCAAUUAAGUCUGGUGUUACUCACAGGGAUAACGUUACCACGACCCCUUUAUCAUUCUCCAUCGAGCUCAACCUGACUAAACGGGAUGAUGACUCAGAUUCACAUUCCCGGCCACGAGCUAGCCCCCACCGCACUACCCGUUCUCAGCACAUGAGUUCAGCACCACAGGCACUGUGGACAGCUCCCAUGAAAAGCUUUACACAGGAUUCCCAGAGUAAACACGCAGAUUUGGCUCAGCACUUUCAGCCAAUCUUUUUCGGGAGUGUUUACAACGUCAAUAACAAUAACAACUUAAGAAAUGACAACCAGAACCACGACCACCAGAACCACAACAACAAUAGCAACGAGGAGAACAAAGAGGAGAAUGUUCUAACGAAUGACGAAAGUAACGAUGCCGAUAGUAGACAGGUGUCGGGGGAUCUGAGUGGACCGUGCUCACAGACACAGCAGGGGUCGUUCCCGGAAGAGUGCCUUCACGCUGCGUGUGCUGUCGACAGCUUAACCACUGUACAGGGGGGCUCGCGCAUGCAAUUAAAAUCCAGUAAACUGGUGCCAUUACAACAAGAUGGAGUCAGUUUGCGAGAGAGGCAUAUGGUUGUCGAGGUUGAAGAGGGGUCUGGGGAAGGAGAAUUACAGGUGGGGGAGGGACGGGCUAGAGAGCCGUGGAGGGAGGAAGUGGAGGAGUGGGAGUCAGAAGGAAUAACAAAGAGAGCCACAGCCCAAACAGAUGAAACUGGAGAGGGAGAGGGAGGAAAGGGUCAGGAGAGGGCCAGGCACACACAGGCACAGAGUGGGUCAGGAGGACAGGGGAACAAAGAGUGGCAGGGGGAUGAAAGCACACAGGGAGAGUGGGAAGAAGAGGAGGAAAGGCACAGUUCCAGGGGAGAGAGAAGCCUGGAAAGGCACAUAGUGAAAGAUAGAGAUGAGGGGGACAGAGAGAAAGAGGUUUUGGUGGUGGGACGCGCUCGCCGUGCUGCCAACAGACACCCUCACUUCUCCCUGUAUAACUUCCAGGUGCAGGUACCAGAGAACCAGCCCUCAGGCACCUCAGUCAUAGCCAUUUCAGCCACAGACCCAGACUCAGGUGACGCAGGCAUGCUCAGCUACACCAUGGCCCCUCUAAUGAACAGCAGAUCAACUGACUACUUCCACAUUGACCCAGACACAGGCCUCAUCACCACCUCCCAGGUGCUGGACAGGGAGCACAUGGAUCUGCAUUACUUCCGGGUCACAGCGUCAGACCGCGGCUCUCCACGCCUCUCUGGCACCACCAUGGUGGCCAUCACCGUGGCCGACCGCAAUGACCACUCGCCCAUUUUUGAGCAUGUAGAGUACCGGGAGACCAUCCGGGAGAACGUGGAAGAGGGUUACCCCAUCCUGCAGCUCCGAGCCACUGACCUCGAUGCCCCGUCCAACGCCAACAUCCGCUACCGCUUCAUAGGAGACACCGCAGCCACCGCCCGCGCCGCUUUCGAGAUCGAUCCCCGCUCAGGGCUGAUCACUACGCGGGGGGCAGUCGACAGGGAGACCAACGAGCGUUACACCCUCCACGUGGAGGCCAGUGACCAGGGAAAGGAGCCCGGGCCGCGCUCAGCCACCGUUAAGGUCUUCAUCACGGUGCUGGAUGAGAAUGACAACGUGCCCCAGUUCAGCGAGAAGCGCUAUGUGGUGGCGGUCAGGGAGGACAUCCGGCCCCACUCGGAGAUCUUGAGGGUGAGCGCUACGGACCAUGAUAAGGAUAGCAACGCGGCCGUCCACUACAACAUCAUCAGUGGGAACAGCCGGGGCCAGUUCUCCAUCGACAGUGUGACGGGGGAGAUCCAGGUAGUUGCCCCUCUGGACUUCGAGGCAGAGAGGGAGUACACUCUGAGGGUACGAGCCCAGGACAACGGCCGGCCGCCCCUCUCCAAUAACACAGGUAUCAUCAGCGUGCAGGUGACCGACGUCAACGACAACCCUCCCAUCUUCGUAUCCACACCGUUCCAGGCGUCAGUGCUGGAGAGCGCCCCCGUGGGCAGCUCCAUCCUCCACAUCCAGGCCAUCGACACUGACUCUGGGGACAAUGCCCGUCUGGAGUACAGGCUGACUGGCACUAGCCCUGACAUGCCCUUCACCAUCAACUCUGCCACCGGCUGGGUGACGGUCAGCUCGGCUCUGGACCGGGAGUCUGUGGAACACUUCUUCUUUGGGGUGGAUGCCAGAGACUAUGGCGUCCCACCUCUCUCUGCCACAGCCAGCGUGACCAUAACAGUGAUGGACGUCAAUGACAACAGGCCAGAGUUCCUGCAGAAAGAGUAUUUUGUGAGGCUUAAUGAGGACGCGGCCGUGGGCACCAGUGUGGUUGUUGUGACCGCGGUCGAUCGUGAUGUCAACAGUGCGGUCACCUAUCAGAUCACGGGGGGCAACACGCGUAACCGCUUUGCCAUAAGCACAGCCGGAGGGUCGGGGCUGGUCUCUCUAGCACUGCCACUCGACUACAAACAGGAACGGCGCUACGUUCUGACGGUGACUGCCUCAGAUCGCACACUACACGACACGUGCCAGGUCCACGUCAACAUCACGGACGCCAACACGCACCGGCCUGUAUUCCAGAGUGCUCACUACUCAGUGUCUGUGAAUGAGGACCGGCCGCCGGGCAGCACGGUCGUGGUCAUCAGUGCCACGGAUGAUGACGUCGGUGAGAACGCUCGCAUCACCUACUUCUUGGAGGACAACAUCCCCCAGUUCCGCAUCGACCCGUCCAGCGGAGCCAUCACCCUGCAGGCCGAGCUGGACUACGAAGACCAGAUGACCUACACUCUAGCCAUCACCGCCCGGGACAACGGCAUCCCACAGAAGUCUGACACCACCUACGUAGAGGUGAAUGUGAACGAUGUGAAUGACAACGCACCACAGUUCCUCAGCCCCAGGUACCAGGGCACCGUCAGUGAAGACGCGCCACCCUUCACUAGUGUCCUACAGAUAUCCGCAACGGACCGAGAUGCACACGCCAACGGCCGCGUCCAGUACACCUUCCAGAAUGGGGAGGACGGCGACGGGGACUUCACCAUCGAGCCCACAUCGGGCAUUGUACGCACAGUCCGUCGUUUGGACCGCGAGAGCGUUCCCUUCUAUGAGCUGACGGCGUACGCAGUGGACCGUGGUGUGCCUCCACAGCGGACGCCCGUCCACAUCCAGGUGACAGUUCUCGACGUCAACGACAACGCACCCGUGUUCCCAGCGGAUGACUUUGAGGUUCUAGUGAAGGAGAACAGUGCUGUGGGGUCAGUGGUGGCCCAGAUUACAGCCACAGACCCAGACGAGGGGGCCAACGCCCAGAUCAUGUACCAGAUCGUAGAAGGCAACAUCCCUGAGAUCUUCCAGAUGGACAUCUUCUCUGGGGAGCUCACCUCCCUCAUCGACCUGGACUACGAAGCCCGCUCAGAGUAUGUGAUCGUGGUCCAGGCCACCUCAGCCCCCCUGGUGAGCCGGGCCACGGUGCGCAUCCGGCUGGUGGACCAGAACGACAACCGGCCCCAGCUCCAGGACUUCCAGAUUAUCUUCAACAACUUUGUGUCCAACCGUUCCAACAGUUUCCCCAGUGGGGGGAUCGGACGGGUGCCGGCCCACGACCCGGACGUGAGCGACCGCCUCUACUACACUAUCGAACGGGGCAACGAGCUGCACCUGCUGCUUCUCAACCACAGCAGCGGGGAGAUCCGGCUGAGCCGCAAGCUGGACAACAACAGAGCCUUGGUGGCCCCCAUGCUCAUCACUGUCACAGACGGAGUCCACAGUAUCUCGGCCCAGUGCGUUCUACGAGUGCUCAUCAUCACAGAGGACAUGUUGAGCAGCAGCGUGACGGUGCGCCUCCAAAACAUGUCCCAGGAGCACUUCCUGUCCCCACUGCUGGGUCACUUCCUGGAAGGGGUGUCGGCGGUGCUGUCCAUCCCUCCGGAGGAUGUUUUUGUAUUCAACAUCCAGCCGGACGGCGAGGCAGGGGGCAUCCUGAACGUCAGUUUCACCGCUGCGCUGCCCGGGGGUAACUUUUUACCCUCAGAGGCCCUGGAAGAGCAACUCUACCUCAACCGUCCGCACCUCACCUCCUUGGCAAAGAUGGAGGUGCUCCCGUUCGAUGACAACGUGUGUCUGCGGGAGCCGUGUCAGAACUACAUGAAGUGCAUCUCGGUGCUUCGCUUCAACAGCUCUGCUCCCUUCAUCUCCUCUCCCUCCGUCCUGUUCCGGCCCAUCCACCCCAUCGCCGGGCUGCGCUGCCGCUGCCCCACAGGCUUCACUGGGGACUACUGCGAGACGGAGAUCAACCUGUGUUACUCCAACCCCUGCCUCAACGGAGGUGUGUGUGCUCGCAGGGAGGGAGGCUACACCUGUAUCUGCAGAGAAGACUACACAGGUGAACGGUGUGAGUGUGACAGGCGUCAGGGCCGCUGUGUCCCGGGGGUGUGUAGGAAUGGGGGGACGUGCAGGGAGCUGUCUGGAGGGGGGUUCCGCUGUGAGUGCCCUGCAGGAGGGUAUGAGCGGCCCUACUGCGCUGUCACUGCACGCUCCUUCCCCCCCAAAUCUUUCAUCAUGUUCCGAGGCCUCCGCCAGAGAUUCCACCUCUCCAUUUCUCUCACUUUUGCCACUCUGGAGAACAGUGGCCUCCUCUUCUACAACGGACGCUUCAAUGAGAAACACGACUUCCUGGCUCUGGAGAUCCUAGAGGGUCAGGUGGUGCUCAAGUACUCCACAGGUGAAUUGUCCACUCAGGUGAGCCCCUUUCUACCUCGGGGCGUGGCCGAUGGAAACUGGCACACUGUCCACAUCCACUACUACAACAAGCCCAAGCGCAGUGUGAGUGGGCAGGCCCAGGGUCCAUCUGAUGAGAAGGUGGCGGUGGUCAGCGUGGAUGACUGUGACACAGCAGUGUCGCUACGCUUCGGAACGCAGCUCGGCAACUACAGCUGUGCUGCUCAGGGCAAACAGACCAGCUCCAAGAAAUCUCUGGAUCUCACCGGCCCCUUGUUUUUGGGCGGAGUGCCCAACAUGCCUGAUCAUUUCCCGUUUCACACCCGGGAGUUUAUUGGCUGUAUGAAAGACCUCCACAUCGACAACAGACCUUUGGACCUGGCUGGAUACAUCUCUAACAAUGGAACCCUACCUGGAUGUAGUGCCAAGCUGCCCUUCUGUAACUCCGACCCAUGUCAGAACGGAGGAACGUGUCGUGUCAGCUGGGAGACCUUCUCAUGUGACUGCCCCCUAGGGUUUGGAGGGAAGGACUGCAGCCAUGUGAUGCCCCACCCACAUCGUUUCCUGGGAAACAGUGCCCUCUGGUGGGACCUGAAGAAUGACGUGACCAUCUCCACACCUUGGUACCUGGGGCUGGUGUUUAGGACGCGGGCCAGGGAGGGCACUCUGCUGCAGGCACAGGCCGGACAGUACACUAGCCUGGUCUUCCAGCUGGUGAGUGGUCAGCUGCUGUUCUCGGUGACCAAGGGGUCGACGCUGCCGGUGCGUCUGCGUCUGGACCAGGUGCAGGUGAGCGACGGGCACUGGCACGACCUGCAGCUGGAGCUGCGAGACGUCCGCAGCGGGAGGGAGACGCGCUACGUGGCUACCGUCCGCCUCGACUUUGGCCUCUUCCAGGGCACAGUGAUAGUGGGGAAUGAGAUCCAUGGGCUGAAAGUGAAACACCUCCAUGUGGGCGGAGUCCUGGGCUUGGGGGAGGUGCAGAACGGGAUACGGGGCUGCAUCCAGGGGGUUCGUUUGGGGGUGCGACCAGAUGCCAUGCCCCUGCCCCGCCCCUCCAGGGCUGUCAAAGUGGAGACGGGCUGUAACGUUGGCAACCCCUGUGUCUCUACCCCCUGCCCGCCCCACAGCCGCUGUUGUGACAAUUGGGAACGCCACACCUGUCUGUGCGAACCAGGUUUCUAUGGUAAGGGCUGCAUAGAAGCGUGCCAGCUGAACCCGUGUGAGAAUGAUGCCAAGUGCCACAGGAAGCCCAGCUCAUCACACGGAUACAUCUGUGACUGUGGAGACAACCACUAUGGCCAGUACUGUCAGCACAGGAUUGACCACCAGUGUCCACGUGGUUGGUGGGGCUCUCCAGCAUGUGGGCCCUGCCACUGUAACACCAGUAAAGGAUUUGACCCCGACUGCAACAAGACUAGUGGCCACUGCCAUUGCAAGGAGUUCCACUACCACCUGCGGGGCAGUGACUCCUGCCUGCCCUGUGACUGCUACCCUGUGGGCUCCUUCUCCCGGUCAUGUGACCCAGAGAGUGGCCAGUGCCAGUGUCGGGCUGGUGUGAUUGGUCGACAGUGCAACAUGUGCGACAACCCCUUCGCUGAAGUCACACAGAAGGGCUGUGAAGUCAUCUAUGACGGCUGUCCUAAGACCAUCACCCUGGGUAUCUGGUGGCCCAGGACGAAGUUCAACCUGCCAGCAGCCGUGCCCUGUCCUAAAGGAUCCCUGGGUGCUGCUAUCAGACACUGUGAUGUAGAGAGGGGCUGGCUGGAGCCGGAUCUCUACAACUGUACCUCUCCUCCCUUUGUGGAGCUCAAUGCAGCACUGGAGUCGGUUGAGCGGAACGAGACAGAGCUCAGCACCAUCAUGGAGAAGAAACUGGCCCACCAGCUCCGUGAUGUCACCGAGGCCACACCCCGUCUCUAUGGCAAUGACCUCCAGAUUGCCGAGCGGCUACUGUCCCGCCUGUUGACCUUCGAGAGUCUGCAGACGGGCUUCGGCCUGACUGCCACCCAGGACGCACACUUCAACGAGAAUGUUCUGCAGGGCUGCAGUGCGGUGCUGGGUCCAGGCAGUGCAAGUUUAUGGCGGGCCCAGAUCCAGGCCCAGGGAGGGGCAGGAGGGCUGGCUGAUCUGCUGGAACAGUAUGCCCAGACCCUGGCCCAGAACAUGAAGCUCACCUACCUGAACCCCGUGGCUCUGGUCGCCCCCAACAUCGUGAUGAACCUGGACCGCGUUGAGAACCACACCCACGUGCGCAGACGUUUCCCUCGCUACCACAGCCCUCUGUUCCGCGGCCAGGCUCUCUGGGACCCCCACACACAUGUGGUGUUGCCCCCUGCUGCUCUGGUGCCACAACGACACCAACUUUCAGCUUCACAGAACACAGCUCCUGCCCCUGUCAGUACGUUGGCCAAUCAGACGGAAGACUAUGCUGCAGCCAGGCAUUCUGUUUCGCUACUGGAGCCGCCUGUCACCAUUGUCAUCAUGUUGAUCUAUCGUAGCCUUGGAGCAGCACUCCCCCCCAAGUACCACACUGACCGACGAGGAGUCAGACUCCCCAGACAUCCAGUGAUGAACUCUCCAGUGGUCAGUGUGUCCAUCUACAACAACCAGACGUUUGUCGGGGGUCCUCUGGACUCGCCCCUGCAGCUGGAGUUCCGCCUGCUGGAGACCACCAACCGCAGCAAGCCCCUGUGUGUCCAGUGGAACCACAGCAGCCCGUUGGAGGUGGGAGGUUGCUGGACAGUGAGGGACUGCAUCGUAGUAUACAGGAACACGUCCCACGUGCGUUGCCAGUGUCAGAGGCUGGGCACCUUUGGUGUCCUGAUGGACAGCUCCCAGAGAGAACAGCUGGAGGGGGAUCUGGAGACCCUGGCCCUGGUCACCUACUUCUCCCUGUCUGUCUCCAUGCUGGCCCUGCUGCUGACCGUCCUGGUGCUGUCCUGCCUCCGAGGCCUCAAGUCCAACACCCGCUCCAUCCACUCCAACAUGGCCGCCGCCAUGCUGCUCUCUGAGCUCGUCUUCCUGCUCGGCAUCAACCAGACCGAGCAGCAGUUCCUGUGUACGGUGGUGGCCAUCCUGCUGCACUAUUUGUUCAUGGCCACGUUUGCCUGGCUGUUUGUGGAGGGGCUCCAUAUCUACCGCAUGCAGACAGAGGCUCGCAACAUCAACUACGGAGCCAUGAGGUUCUACUAUGCCAUCGGAUGGGGUGUGCCUGCCAUCAUCACAGGUUUGGCGGUAGGGCUGGAUCCUGAGGGCUAUGGAAACCCAGACUUCUGCUGGAUCUCCAUAUAUGACAAACUCAUCUGGAGCUUCGCUGGACCCAUCGCUAUCGUCAUCCUGAUGAAUGGUGGGAUGUUUCUGCUUGUGGCUCGCAUGUCCUGCAACCCCUCCCAGAAAGAGACCAAGAAACUACCUGUCAUAGCCACUAUACGCGGUGCCUUCCUCCUGCUGCUCCUGGCCACCUCUACCUGGUUCUUUGGGCUGAUGGCUGUCAACAACAGCAUUCUGGCCUUCCACUAUAUCUUCAUUGUACUAUGCUUACUGCAGGGUCUUGCCAUGUUCCUGGUAUUCACGGUGCUGAACGCGGAGGUGCAGGAGGUCUGGAAGUUGUCAUGUCUGGGCAAGAAGAGCCCCGACGAGGACGCACCUAGAGCCCCACAGAUCCCUGGUCAGAACCCCUACAACAAUGCGUCGUUGCUGGAGCAGAGCGGGCUGCACCGCAUCACCCUCGGGGCCUCCACCAUCUCCUCUGUCAGCAGCGCUCGAGAGAACCUGCUGGCCCGCCAGACCUUGGAACACAAUCUGGGACAUACUGGAGCUACAGACCUGGACGUGGCUAUGUUCCAUAGAGACAGAGGUGAGGACUCAGACACAGACUCAGAUGUCUCUUUGGAAGGGGAACGUAGUCUCUCCAUCCCCUCCUCCGAGAGUGAGGACAAUGUUCGUCUCCGUGGACGCAUCCAGCGGCGUUUCAAACGCACCAAUCACAGCGAGCGGCUGCUCACAGAGCCCACCCACAAUAGCACGAAAGACAUGGAUGGCAAUGACCUGCUCUCCUAUUGGCCAGCGCUGGAAGAGUGCGAGGUCCACUCCCUGCAGAAGUGGGGCUCAGAGCGCCGCCUAGGGGCUGACUACAGCAAGGAUGGCUCCAACAACAACCAGCCUGACGCAGCGCUGACCAGUGGGGACGAGAACAGCCUGACAGGACAUCCCAGCCGCCACCGCAAGGGCAUCCUGAAGAACCGUAUUGGCUGUCCGCCGGCCCUGCAGGGUCUCUCCACCAUGGGCCGGGUUCCCAGCGAUCUCUCCUGGUACCGCACCUCCACCCUGGGCCACAGGGGCGUCCCGGCAGCCUCCUACGGCCGCAUGUACAGUGGGACAGGCUCCCUGUCUGGCACGGGCUCCUUGUCCCAGCCCGCCUCACGCUACUCUUCCAGGGAGCACCUGGACUCUCUGGCUCGCCGCCAGUUCUCCAGAGACCCCCUGGGCCGCCAGGCUGGAGGAGGGUCCCAGAACCGCCUGGACCGCCAGGGCUCCCGAGACAACCUGGACCUGCUCCCCCGCCGCCGAGAGCCAGGCUUGGACAGAGCCUCCAGGGAGAACCUGAGCAGCUCCAGAGACAGGCUGGACAUCCAGCAGCACAGCGCCCAUGCCUCCCAGGAGGACUUGAGUGGGAAUGGAGGUGUGGAGCCGAGUCUGGGGGGGGGUCACGCUCCCAGCUCAACAACCUCGAGGAACCCCAGGAAUCCCCCCUACCCCGUCGCGGCCGGCUGGACUCUGCUCCCCCGUGUAGGUACCCCCUCCCUGCCCUCGGCGCACCCCCCCAGCCGCCACCCGUCCAGUGAGCACCUGGACAUCCUGUCCUCCAUCUUGGCCUCCUUCAGCUCAUCUGUGCUCACACACCCAGACCCCUCAUCUGCACAGGGACCCUCCCCCUCCCCGCCCCACUCCGCCACCUCCCACAGCAUCUCUGAGGUUUCCCCAGACUCUGAAGUCAACAGAAGCUGGGUUUCUGUACAGGGCUUUGAGCAGUGUGGUAUCACCUGCAGUGGGGGAGCCAGGCCAGAGGCCGGUGUAGCCCUCCUCUCUGUCCAUGUCGUCCUGGUUGGAGAUGAGGUUGGGCACCAUGGCCGUGAUCUCUUGCUGAACCUCGGUCAGGGCCGUGACAGGCAGGCCAGUGACCACCUGCUUCUGGCACCGGUGCAGCACCUGGCGUCUCCACCUUCAGUCUCUUCAUGGUACCCACCGAGCUGGGUGGCCGUUCAGGGCCGUGACAGGCAGGCCAGUGACCACCUGCUUCUGGCACCGGUGCAGCACCUGGCGUCUCCACCUUCAGUCUCUUCAUGGUACCCACCGAGCUGGGUGGCCGGUCAGGGCCGUGACAGGCAGGCCAGUGACCACCUGCUUCUGGCACCGGUGCAGCACCUGGCGUCUCCACCUUCAGUCUCUUCAUGGUACCCACCGAGCUGGGUGGCCGGUCAGGGCCGUGACAGGCAGGCCAGUGACCACCUGCUUCUGGCACCGGUGCAGCACCUGGCGACUCUCCACCUUCAGUCUCUUCCAGUGUCUUCAUGGUUGUCAGGUACUGUUGAGAGGAGCUCAGUGAUGAUGGAGACCGCAGCCCUGGUAGUGCCUGUCACUGCUCUGGAGUUCCUAAGGGAGGAGUACCUGCUGACAGGUACGGGAUCCCUAGCUAGAGAAUACAAGACCUUUACUGCCUCCAACCACAGCCUCAAAGUCUGCACCUCACUGAGCUUGCUCCACAACUACCGCAUCCAUGGGAUCCGUCACAAACCACAGCCAAGAGAUGGACGGACCCGUGACCCAGAGGAUGAGGUGGUAGUGUUUGGAGGGAAGGUUGUGCGCCUGCUGAGGCUGAGUGCUAGAAGUCAUAAGAUCACAACACAACAUAGCACAGGGAGAGACAAGGUUGAAGGAAUUAUCAGAGGUGACCUCUACACAUACGGGACUCUAACAGAUCACACAGGCCCAACCAUGGAGGAGAGAAGGCGUGUGGGCUACUGUGUUCACAGAGAGGUGCUGGAUGAGGGAAAAGUGGACCAGAUGGCUGAGAAAUCAGAUGUUAGAGUCCCUAUCUCUGAAAAAAUCAGAGAGUCAUUGAGGUGUUCUGGCCCCAAGCUGAAGAGUUGUAUGUUGUCGUCUGUUCCUGUCCUCUCCUGGCUGCCUCGCUACUCCCUCAGAGACAACGCCAUCGGAGACCUGAUCUCAGGCAUCAGUGUGGGCAUCAUGCACCUACCACAAGGGAUGGCCUAUGCUCUGCUAGCAGCAGUGCCACCAGUGUUUGGUCUCUACUCUUCCUUUUACCCCAUCCUCAUCUACUUCAUCUUUGGGUCGUCCAAACACAUCUCUGUGGGUACAUAUGCAGUGAUGAGUGUGAUGAUCGGGGGAGUGACAGAGCGCUUGGCCCCAGACACUAACUUCAUGAUGUAUGAUAACGCCACCAAUCAGAGUAUGGUGGAUGUUUUGGCCCGAGACACAGAGCGGGUGAAAGUGGCUGCUGCCGUUACUUUCUUGUCCGGCCUCUUCCAGAUGCUCCUGGGCCUGGUUCAGUUUGGCUUUGUGGUGACCUACCUGUCUGAGCCCCUGGUCAGAGGGUACACCACCGGAGCAGCCAUCCACGUCAUCGUCUCUCAGCUCAAGUACACCUUUGGCAUCAGUCCAAAACGCCACAGCGGACCCUUCGCCCUGAUCUUUACGGUGAUAGAGGUGUGCUAUCUGGUGCCAGAAACCAACAUAGGCACUCUAGUGGUGAGCCUGGUGUCCAUCAUUGGCCUUGUCAUGGUCAAGGAGCUCAACACCUACCUGGGCAAAAAGCUGCCAGUACCCAUUCCUGUAGAGCUGCUAGGGAUCAUCAUCGCCACGGUGGUCUCCUGGCAGGUCAACCUGGAGGGGAAGUAUGGAGUGGAAGUGGUGGGAGAGAUCCCCUCUGGUCUACAACCCCCUGUCAUGCCUACAGCCUCUCUAUUUGGGCAGGUGAUAGGUGAUGCCUUCGCUCUGUCUGUGGUUGGCUACGGCAUUGCCAUCUCCCUCGGACGGAUCUUUGCCCUAAAAUAUGGCUACAAAGUUGACAGCAACCAGGAAUUGAUAGCCCUGGGUCUCAGCAACACCAUUGGAGGGGUGUUUCAGUGCUUUGCAAUCAGUUGCUCCAUGUCCCGCACCAUGGUACAGGAAAGCACUGGGGGCAAGACUCAGGUGGCGAGUGCCCUUUCAGCCAUGGUGAUUCUGGUCAUCAUGCUGUGGAUUGGGGCUCUCUUUGAAGAGCUGCCAAAGGCCGUGUUGGCAGCCAUAAUCUAUGUGAACCUGCAAGGGAUGAUGAAGCAGUUCAUGGACAUCCCAACUCUGUGGAAGAGCAAUAAAGUGGAUAUGGUGAGUGAGUGAGAGAUGGAAGGGGGAGAGAGAGAG